GUCUCAUUCAAUCACAUGUCGGGCCACGGGCGCGGGAUCUGGCGCAGAUCCGUUCGUAGCUUUUGCGCGGACGCGGAAAGUUAUGUUGGUGAUAUGAAGCUUUUGACAGGGAUCACGAAAAGUUCUCUCAUCACCGUGGGACUUCUUGCGGUCAUCGCAGUGGGACUUCCCGGGUGCGAUGGAUAUGGCAUCCGCGACAAGGAAGGCCCCAAGUGGUGGCAAAACAUGGUCAUGUACCAGAUCUACCCGCAGUCCUUCUACGACACUGAUGGAGACGGAUUUGGGGACCUGGAAGGAAUCAAAGUAAAAAUCCCCUAUCUUUGUGAGCUGAACGUGACAGCCAUUUGGAUAAACUCAUUCUACGAGUCACCAAUGAAAGACCACGGUUACGAUGUCUCUGAUUUCAAGAAAAUUCACCGCAAGUUCGGUACCAUGAGCGACUUUAAAGCUCUUAUGACGAAACUUGAUACGAAUCCUUGCGGUGAUAAAAAAGAGAUAAGAGUGAUUAUGGAUUUCGUGCCCAACCACACGAGCAAAAAACACGAGUGGUUUCAGAAGUCAAUCGAUCGGGUGCCUGGAUACAAAGAUUACUACGUAUGGAUGGAUCCUAAAGGAUGGGAGAAUGGAAAACCAAUCCCUCCCAAUAACUGGGCAUCGGUCUACAGUCCAAGAGAAAAAGGGUCCGCGUGGGAGUGGAAUGAGAGGCGACGACAAUUUUACCUACACACUUUCACGAAGGAUCAGCCGGACCUGAACCUUCGUUUUUCUGAAGUCAGAGAUGCGUUAAAGGAUAUCAUGAAGUUCUGGUUGGAUAUGGGAGUGGACGGGUUCCGAAUGGGCGCCGUGGCGCACCUCAUCGAGGAUCCACAAUUCCGCGACGAGGACCCCUGGUGGGACCACAGACACACGCAAAACCUCCCACAGAACUACGCAGUGAUCAAGGAGUUCCGACGAUUCUUCGAUGAAUACGACAAAAUAAACCACCGAGUCACAUUCAUGGCGGUGGAUGCAUACGCAUCGCAAAAAGACGCGAGACGGUACUACGGCACAUUUAAAGCACCUGGUGCCCACUAUCCCCUCAACUAUCUUCUCCUCACAGAUUUCACAGCAGACACGGACGCUGUCAGACUGAAAGGCUCCAUUGACGAUUACUUACGUCACCUCAACGAUUUCCAGCUUCCCAACUGGUUGUCAGGAAACCACGACUGGUCACGAAUCCCAUCCAGAUUGGAGGCCUCCACUUCUGUAGAUUUGGUCAACAUGUUGAACUUGCUUCUGCCUGGCUCAAGCUGCGUGUACAUGGGAGACGAGAUAGGCAUGGACAGCUAUUGGAACAUCGACAAGGACAAGCGCCGAUCCAAGCAUGUCGACGACUAUCGUAUGCCCAGUAGAACACCCUUCCAUUGGAACAAAAGUCAAAACGCAGGUUUUACAACGAAAGAAAAACCUUGGCUUCCUGUAAAUCCCGAGUUUUACAGGUUGAAUGUAGAGGUAGAACGCAACCCACCUUGCGAGGAAUGUUCUACCCAUUUGAGAAAUUUCAAGGAACUAGUCCAGCUCAAAAAGAAAGAUGCUUUUGCUUAUGGACCUUUACAUACCUACGCUCUCACCGAUUUUGUUUUCUGUUUUACCAGGGAAAACUCCAAAAAGAUAUAUGUCACAUUGAUGAACUUGGAUGAAGAGUGGAGCGAAUCUUUUGACAUCAUGGAUGCAAUUCCAGAAUUGACACAUGCCAUCAGCGACAAUGUGGAAGUUUGGACCCCGAACUUGAACGAAUGCAAAAAGAACACGACCGUGUCUUUGUGUUUCGAUCGACUGCGAUCAAACAACUGGAGUAUGCCUCCGAAGUCUGGCCUCGUUCUCUCCUAUAUUAAAAACGACCCACCAGAAAACUCGAAAGAAGAUGAUGACGACGAAUUACAAACAUAUGAAGAUGAUGAUUACGAAAUUCUAAAGAGCUUUGAAUAUGAAACGGAUGAGGACUGAAGGGCAAACACAAAUUCACCUGCAGGAGGCGUAGAAAUCAACUUCAAAGAAAAACCUGUUAGAUAUCAACGUUUUCCGGUGAUUUUUCUACUCGAAUAGAUGCUUCAUGUUGAUUCAUCACUAUUUUUUCCAAUAAAUGAUCUAACUAAUGAAACAAA